AUGCUGCUUGCCAACCGCCCCCAGGUCACCACAGACACCCCUGGAAAUGGAUUGGCACAAGCCACAUGUGCACAGCCUCCAGCAAUGGAGAAAGUGCCACAGAGAAACAACCUGGCAGGGGUGAGGCACAUCCUGCUGGUGCUGUCCGGGAAGGGUGGCGUUGGGAAGAGCACCAUCUCCACCCAGCUGGCUCUGGCCCUCAGGCACUCUGGCAAGAAGGUGGGGAUCCUGGACGUGGACCUGUGUGGCCCCAGCAUCCCCCACAUGCUGGGGGUGCAGGGCAGUGCUGUGCACCAGUGUGACAGUGGCUGGGUCCCUGUCUUUGUGGACCAGGACAGGAGCAUCUCCCUCAUGUCCAUUGGCUUCCUGCUGGAGAGGCCAGAUGAUGCUGUGGUGUGGAGAGGACCCAAGAAAAAUGCUUUGAUCAAACAGUUUGUGGGGGAUGUGGCCUGGGGGGAGCUGGAUGUUCUGCUGGUGGACACCCCGCCGGGCACGUCUGACGAGCACAUCGCCACCGUGGAGGCCUUGAGGCCCUACAGGCCCCUGGGAGCACUCCUGGUCACAACACCCCAGGCUGUGUCUGUGGGAGAUGUGAGGAGGGAGCUGACCUUCUGCAGGAAGACAGGGCUGCAGGUGCUGGGCAUCGUGGAGAACAUGAGUGGCUUUGUGUGCCCACACUGCUCGGAGUGCACAAACAUCUUUUCCAAGGGGGGAGGUGAGGAGCUGGCCAGGCACGCUGGGGUCCCCUUCCUGGGCUGUGUUCCCCUGGACCCCCAACUCAGCCAGAGCUUGGAAGAAGGCAGAGACUUCAUCCAAGAGUUUCCCAAGAGCUCUGCCUUCUCUGCCUUGGCUCACAUUGCUCAGCAGGUCUUGGGUAGGGCAUCACAGCAGAGCUCCUGAGGAGGUUGUGGAGCUGGCCCUGCCCACCUGAGGCCACUCCAGCAGGGAAGGGGACU